GCAACUGCAGCUCUGCCGUUUGGAACCAUCCUUGUGAUUCUACUUAUAUGGGCAUUGGUUACUUCCCCUUUGCUCAUAUUGGGUGGGGUUACUGGUAAAAACAGCAAAACUGAAUUCCAAGCUCCAUGCCGUACCAACAAGUACCCAAGAGAAAUUCCUGAAUUGGCAUGGUAUCGAGGCACCAUACCUCAGAUGGCAAUGGCAGGAUUCCUUCCUUUUAGUGCCAUCUAUGUAGAACUCUACUAUAUAUUUGCUAGCGUGUGGGGUCACAAAAUAUAUACAAUAUAUAGUAUCCUAUUUAUUGUUUUCAUCAUUCUUAUAAUUGUCACAGCGUUCAUCACUGUUGCAUUGACAUAUUUCCAACUUGCAGCAGAGGAUCACGGGUGGUGGUGGAGGUCUGUUCUUUGUGGAGGCUCCACCGGCGUAUUCAUCUUCUUCUACUGCAUAUACUACUAUCACGCGAGAUCAGACAUGUCGGGCUUCAUGCAAACAUCAUUCUUUUUUGGUUACAUGACUUGCAUUUGUUAUGGAUUCUUCCUUAUGCUCGGGACUGUCGGUUUUCGUGCAUCUUUGCUGUUCGUGCGACACAUAUAUCGUUCCAUCAAAUGUGAGUAAAAAAUUAUGCUUUCUGCUGACAAAAUUUCACAAGGGAUCAUAUUGCAGCGACAGCGACCAUAUCGUGCCUUCUGCUUUCUGCUUGUUGCGUGAUUGUGAAGACUCAUUAGCGCAACCUGGAUGAGCGCAAUCAUUUUCACACAUCAAGCUUGAAGCAUUAACUUAGUCAACUGAUGAUGGACAAUUAAAAUUGUCUGUAGCCAUCAAUCAAUUUGAAUUUUACUCUGUAUCAGAGAUUCUCUAUUCCUAAAUGGUAAUGUUCUGCACUUGGGAGGUCU